GCGGGCGCUGCUGGGAGAUGGUCGUGGAGAAGGCGGGUGCGAGCCCGCCGAAGGCCGUGGGUGACAGGCGGCCGCAGCAGCAUCAGGAGCCGCUGGGGCACGUGAAGAAAAGCAAGCCGCAGGUCAGCGACGGAUUCACCAUCAAAGCCAUGAUGAAAAACACCGUGGUAAGAGGUCCUCCUGUUGCAGGAGCAUUUAAAGAGAGACCAACAAAGCCCACAGCAUUUCGCAAGUUUUAUGAGCGAGGAGACUUCCCAAUUGCCCUUGAGCACGAUACGAAAGGAAACAAAAUAGCCUGGAAGAAAAAGGUUUUGCUGGAAGCAGUGAUGGUUACAGAAAAUGAAUGUGAAAUGCCUGAGAAAAAAUACAUCAGAUUUGAARGGCGCAGAGGCGCUUUGGGCGCCCCCGGCGCCGCAGCUUUGCGCCGCGGGCAGGCGGGCGGCAGCGACCGUUGCGCGGCCGUUAGGUGGCUCACUACGAAUGCGUCGGGACCUGGGUGUCGCUCCGAGGAUGGCGUUCACAAGCGGGAGCCUGAGGAGCGCUCUAUUCGCCUCCUCGCAUAA